AUGCGGCGAUUCUCGAGACACCAACGCCGAAAACGAAAGAGAAGGGAAGAUGACGAGAAAGGACGGCCCGAACAGAUCCCAAAGCUGGACGCCGGCCAGUCCUCGAGCCCAUUUGCCUGCCCCUUCUACUUAUUCGACCGCCACGAGUGGCACAACUGCUUGCGAAACUACACCCUGAACCGAAUCGUCGACGUCCGCCUGCACCUUACGAGAGCCCAUUCGCUGGCACCACAGUGCCCUAUCUGCGGGAAAGAAUUCAAAGAGGACUCGGCUGAGCGCGGCUCAGCUGAGGAUCGAUUCAGCGCACACGUCCAACUCCGAGCCUGCCAACCCUUACCAUCCCCACCGCCACCUCGCCAUGGACUUACCAGAGACCAGUUCGAAGCCGUACGAACAAUUGGUGCACGCAGGAACGGUCGGUGUGCAAGCGACCCGGCGGCCGAAAAGUGGUUCGAGAUAUGGGACAUAAUCUUCCCCACCACUCCCCGCCCAUUCUCGCCAUAUAUUAGCGACCACCCCGACGUCCAGCGCAUAAGGGACAUGAACGAUGACAUUUUGGCUGGUGAACAAUGGAGAGAAUUGACUUUGCCUACCAGAGGAAGCAGCCCUUCUCUGCAAAAUGCAUCGCGGAAUACCAUCCUGACAAUUACACAAAGGCUCCUGGGAAUUUACCGGCGAAUGUCUCAGCAUCCAGACCAGGCUGUCCCUGAAGCCGUAUCGAACACAACGGCCGCUGACACCCCUGUAAUCAGUUCAACGGACGACUCCCUGCAACAGCCCCAGGAGUGGGAGGUCAUGUCUGCCCCUAGCCAACCCGCCCAAGCCACCGAAGAUCCGUUGCCACCAGUACACCCAACAGCUGCAGCUGCAGGCCAGAACCAGUGGAUAUCUCAACCAACACCCGGGUGGUAUCUGCCAUCGGGCGGACAUUCACACAACAAUAACACGACCCAGAUGGGCCGGCCUCUGUCGCCAUUCGCAUCUGACAUGAGCUUCUUGGCGGAUGCACUCUUUCCGGACUCCAUCUUCGACUUUCGAGAUGUCGAUGACCCUCUCGAGCCUCCGGCCCGGCCCGGGUCGCCGUCUGAACCCUUUGAUAACGACUAG